UGGUUCCUAGUCAGAUUUGUUAACCCCUGAUCCACGACGGGAACUCCUACCUCUCAGUUUUAUAAGGAAUGUUUUCUGUGGACCCAAAGGUAAGAAGCCAUAGAACAGAGCUCUCUUUCUCUGAUACCCAGGGGCCUUGGCAGAGAAGAGAGCGUUGGGGCUUGAGAAUCAGAGACAGAGGAGCUGAGUAGUUCGGAGUGUCCUGAAAGGUGGGGAAAGUGCUGCAUUACAGAAGGCCUGGGUCCCAGGCCCUGCUCUGCUUCUGACUGGCUACAUGACCUUGGACAAACCCCUUCUGUUCUCCGAGCCUCAGUUUCCCUCCUGCACAAAGUACAUUCUUCUAGAUGAUCUAAUAAUCCCUUUCCUUCCCCCAGCCUCCCUCAGCCUCCCUCCACCAACUCCUGCCCAAAGUGGCUCUGGCGUUCUAGCAGCAACGGUGAACUAUGGCUGAGGGUCCCAGGUGGGAGUUGCGACCCAUCUGCGUGUCCUCCUGAGUUCUGGACCCCAGCACGCGUCCUGGCCUUGGCAGGUCAGGUCGGGGCCGUCGGAGGGGAGAAAAGCCCUGUGCCUCUGAGAGAGGCCUGGGGUGGGGGGGUCGGCAUUGUGAUGACCUCGUCCACUCUAUGACAUCAUCCUCUCUCCCACCCGCCCGCCUCCCUGCUCAACUGCGCUGCAGACAACCAUCCAUCUGAAUCCCAAAGGCCUGAGAAAGUCCGUUCUCCAGUACCUGCUGCUGAUCGUCUGCCUCAGCCAGCAAGAAGCACCAUGAAAUUGGAAUUCACCGAGAAAAACUACAACAGCUUUGUGCUGCAGAACCUGAACAAACAGAGGAAACGCAAAGAAUACUGGGACAUGGCCCUGACUGUGGACCACCACGUCUUCUUUGCACAUCGCAACGUGCUGGCUGCCGUCUCUCCGCUGGUGAAGAGCCUCAUCUCCAACCACGACAUGAAAACCACCGAUGAGCUCUUUAUCACCAUCGACCCCAACUACCUGAGUCCGACCACGGUGGACCACCUCCUAGACUACUUUUACAGCGGCAAGGUGGUGAUCUCCGAGCAGAACGUGGAGGAGCUGCUUCGCGGGGCCCAGUAUUUCAACACCCCCCGCCUUCGAAUUCACUGCAAUGACUUCCUGAUCAAGUCCAUCCGCCGUGCCAACUGCUUGCGCUACCUCUUCUUGGCCGAGUUGUUUGAACUCAAAGAGGUCUCGGACUUGGCCUACUCCGGCAUUCGCGACAACUUCCACUACUGGGCCAGCCCCGAGGGCUCCCUGCACUUCAUGCGCUGUCCACCUGUCAUCUUCGGCCGCCUGCUGCGCGAUGAAAACUUGCACGUGCUCAACGAGGACCAGGCUCUCCAGGCACUCCUCAGUUGGGUAUACUUCCGGAAGGAUGAGCGGGAGAAGUAUUUCAAGAAGUUCUUCAAUUACAUCAAUCUCAACGCCGUCUCCAACAAGACGCUGAUGUAUGCCAGCAACAAGCUGAUGGGCAUGGAGAACAGCUCAGCCCACUCCACCCUGAUUGAGAGUGUCCUUGUGGACCGCAAGCAGGAGAGGCCAACCAGUCUGCUGAGCUACCAGCGGAAAGGGGCCCUGCUUGAUUCGGUGGUCAUCCUCGGAGGCCAGAAGGCCCACGGCAAGUUCAACGAUGGCGUGUUCGCUUACAUCAUCCAGGAGAACCUGUGGUUGAAGCUCUCAGAGAUGCCCUAUCGGGCGGCAGCCCUUAGCGCCACUGCGGCCGGUCGCUACAUCUAUAUCUCUGGUGGCACCACGGAGCAGAUCUCAGGGCUGAAGACGGCCUGGCGGUAUGACAUGGAUGACAACUCCUGGACCAAGUUGCCUGACCUGCCCAUUGGGCUUGUCUUCCACACCAUGGUGACCUGCGGGGGGACGGUGUACUCAGUGGGCGGGAGCAUCGCCCCAAGGCGGUAUGUCUCCAACAUCUUUCGCUAUGACGAGCGCAAGGAGGCCUGGUGCCUCGCAGGGAAGAUGAGCAUCCCUAUGGACGGCACAGCCGUGAUCACCAAGGGUGACCGGAACCUGUACAUUGUCACUGGGCGGUGCCUGGUGAAGGGCUACAUCUCCCGGGUUGGGGUGGUGGACUGCUUCGACACCAACACUGGGGACGUGGUCCAGUGUAUCACCUUCCCCAUCGAGUUCAACCACCGGCCCCUGCUCUCUUUUCAUCAGGACAACAUCCUCUGUGUGUACAGCCACCGGCAGAGUGUGGAGAUCAACCUGCAGAAGAUAAAGGCCAACAAGACGACCACCUCGGUGCCUCUCUUGCCCAACAACUGCCCCUUGGAUGUGUCCCAUGCGAUCUGCUCCAUUGGAGACAGCAAGGUGUUUGUGUGUGGAGGCGUCACCACAGCCAGCGAUGUCCAGACAAAGGACUACACUAUCAAUCCAAACGCCUACCUGCUGGACCAAAAGACAGGCGAGUGGAAGACCCUGGCCCCACCACCAGAGGCACUGGACUGUCCUGCCUGCUGUCUGGCCAAGCUACCUUGCAAGAUUCUUCAAAGGAUUUAAACAGCUUUUUAAGUGGGAGAAUAAGUAAAUUCAUUAUUAUUCACA